GUGCGCGCGAGUGUGCAAGGAAACACUCCCCUCGCGCCGGGUCUCUCCCUCUCUCCCUCCCUCCCCGUCUCGGAAACCCUCUCGCAGCCCCUGGAUCAAAGCAUUCCGCUAUCCUGAUUUAUCGCCUGCUCGCCGAGCCUUUCUUUUCUCUCUUUCCCCUUUUCUUCCCCCUACAAAGGCGACCUGCGAUCGCCAUUCCUCCUCCUCCUCCUCCUCUCCCCGGUUUGGAGCUCGCCGCCGGCGGUGCUGGAACCGCACUUGGAUUCUUUUCUUCCCCCUCCUCCUGCUCCUGCUCCUGGUCCUCCUCCCUCUCCCUGCCUGUCCUCCCCUCCCCUCCCCUCCCCUCCCCUCCCUCUCUCCCUCCCUCCCUCCCUCUCCGGGCUGCCCGUCUCCUUCCCCCGCCCGCCCCCUGGAUUCCGCCGGGGGAGCCGGGCUGGUGGCUGCGGCGGGGGGACGCGGGCGCGGGCGAGCGAGAGCCAUGGAUGGCCCGACGCGAUGCACCGGGCUCCGCAAAAAGAGGAGAUCCAGGUCGCAGCGAGACCGGGAGAGGCGCUCCCAAGGCGGCGGCGGCGGCGCCUCCAUCCGCCCCCGGGCCCGGGCCCGGGCCGCCUCGCUGCUCUCCUCGUCGGGCUCCGAGAAGGAAGACAAUGGGAAUCCGCCGGCGUCCCGACCCAGACCCCCCCGGAGGAAGCGGCGAGAGUCCUCCUCGGCCGAAGAGGACAUCAUCGAUGGCUUCGCCAUGUCCAGCUUCGUCACUUUUGAAGCGCUGGAGAAGGAUGUAGCACUGAAGCCUCAGGAACGCGUGGAGAAGCGGCAGAACCCUCUCGCCAAGAAGAAACGGGAAGCACUUACCAAUGGGCUGUCAUUCCACCCAAAAAAGAACAGACUUCACCACCACCAGUACAGCUCGGAUCGAGAAAAUGAUCGUAAUCUUUGCCAGCACCUUGGGAAAAGGAAGAAACUACCAAAGGGCAUCAGACAGCUCAAGCCAGGUCAAAACAGCUGCCGAGACAGUGACAGCGAAAGCGCCAGCGGAGAAUCAAAAGGUUUCCAUCGAAGUAGCUCUCGGGAAAGACUCAGUGACAGCUCAGCUCCCUCCAGCUUGGGAACAGGCUACUUUUGUGACAGCGACAGUGAUCAGGAAGAGAAGGCAUCUGAUGCCAGCUCUGAAAAACUGUUCAACGCUGUUACAAAUAAAGAUAAAGAGUUAGGAGUCAGUGCACUAACUGAAAAUGACGACCCAGAUGCAAGGGGGGCAGCUGUCCCGAAAAUAUCAGGACUAGAAAGGAGUCAAGAGAAGAGCCAGGACAGCAGUAAAGACCCAUUACUUGAGCCUGUGGUGCCUAAAGACCCUUGUCCUCAGGUCACGCAGCCUUUGGUCCAGCCUCAGUUGGAGCCACAGCCUGAGGCACCUUGCCCGAGCCCUGUACUGGUCCAGCGUACAGAGGCUCCUCCCCAGCCCCCCCAGUUGCAAGCCUCCCAGCUGCCACAGACUCCAGAAGAAGCCCAGUGUCAGCCUGCACCUCAGCCUCAAGUUCAGCGCCCCCCAAGGCCGCAGUCCCCUGUGCAGACGGUCCAUCAGACCCUCCCAUCAGUACAGCCUCACCCGUCCUCGCAGAGUCUCUCUCAGCCGUUGUCUGCAUACAACAGCAGCAGUUUAAGCCUCAACAGCUUAAGCAGCAGCAGGAGCAGUACUCCAGCCAAGACUCAGGCCCCUCCUCCCCACAUAUCCCACCAUCCCUCCGCUUCACCAUUCCCCCUCUCUUUACCCAGCCACAGCCCAUUGCACACCUUCACGCCCACCCUCCAACCUCCUGCACACCCGCAUCACCCCAAUAUGUUUGCCCCUCCUACGGCUUUGCCUCCUCCACCUCCAUUGACUUCAGGGACACUGCAGGUUCCAGGACAUCCAGCUGGUAGUACUUACUCAGAGCAAGAUCUUCUUCGUCAGGAACUAAACACACGAUUUUUGGCUUCCCAAAGUGCCGAUCGUGGGGCCUCCCUGGGCCCGCCACCAUACCUGAGGACUGAGUUCCACCAGCACCAGCACCAGCACCAGCACACACAUCAACACACACACCAGCACACCUUUACGCCUUUCCCCCACGCCAUCCCGCCCACAGCCAUCAUGCCAACGCCAGCACCACCCAUGGUGCGUACCCCAGGCAGAAAUUUUGACAAAUACCCUACAAAAGUUGACCCCUUCUACCGUCACAGUCUGUUUCACUCCUAUCCCCCAGCUGUAUCAGGUAUUCCUCCAAUGAUUCCUCCCACCGGUCCUUUUGGCUCAUUACAAGGAGCAUUUCAACCGAAGACUUCCAAUCCUAUUGAUGUCGCAGCCAGACCCGGAACUGUCCCGCAUACCCUUCUACAGAAAGACCCAAGGUUGACAGAUCCGUUCAGGCCCAUGUUGAGGAAACCUGGGAAGUGGUGUGCUAUGCAUGUUCACAUCGCCUGGCAGAUAUAUCAUCAUCAACAAAAAGUCAAGUGGCAUCUCCAGGUCCACAGGCAAGAUGGGCCCCAUUAUGCUAGGGGCUGUACAAACAAACAGAUGCAGUCUGAUCCGCAUAAACUGGACUUUGGCCUGAAGCCUGAGUUCCUAAGCAGGCCACCAGGCCCUAGCCUCUUUGGAGCCAUUCACCACCCCCAUGACCUGGCCCGGCCUUCAACUCUCUUCUCUGCAGCCAGUGGUGCUCAUCCGGCUGGGACUCCUUUUGGCCCUCCUCCCCAUCACAGCAACUUCCUCAACCCAGCUGCUCACUUAGAGCCUUUUAAUCGACCAACUUCAUUCAGUGGUCUUGCUGCCGUGGGUAGUAAUGCCUUUGGAGGACUUGGGAAUCCAACAGUUACACCCAACUCAAUGUUCGGCCACAAGGAUGGCCCCAGUAUGCAGAGCUUUAGCAACCCUCACGAGCCCUGGAACCGACUGCACCGAACUCCUCCUUCGUUCCCGACCCCUCCGCCCUGGCUGAAGCCAGGAGAGCUGGAGCGCAGUUCAUCUGCUGCAGCUCAUGACAGAGAUAGAGAUGUAGAUAAACGAGACUCAUCUGUUAGUAAAGAUGACAAAGAAAGGGAGAGUAUUGAGAAAAGACACUCCAGCCAUCCUUCGCCAGCACCUAUCCAUCCAGUCAGCUCCCUUGGACAUAGCCGCAGCUCAGCUGAGCAGAUCAGGAGCCAUCUCAAUCCCGAGAUUCGAGAAAAAGAGAAGCCUAAAGAACGAGAGAGGGAUCACUCUGAAUCUCGGAAGGACAUCAAUGUUGAAGAGCACAAAGUGAAAGACAACUACAUUUCAGAGAAAGAAGGCCUGAGUCACGAAAGCAGAGUGGUGGAAGAGACAAAACAAAUGUCCAGGGUUCCUUCACCCUAUGCUAGACCCUCCAUAGUAGAGAGCACAAGGCCUAAUAGCACCUCCAACCGCGAGGCUGAGAGGAAGAAUGAACCUGUGUACGAUAAUCCGAAGAAAAAUAGUGAAGUCAAAGUGAAGGAGGAACGAAAGGAAGACCAUGAUGUUCCACCUGAGGGACCUCAAACUCAUAGGUCAACUGACCAGCCCCCACCAAUAUCUACAUCCAGUGUCCAUCCAAGUCCUUUAGUGUCUAUGCCCAUGACUGUCGGUGUGACUGGCAUACACCCCAUGAACAGCAUCAGUGGCCUGGAUAGGACUCGCAUGAUGACACCUUUUAUGGGAAUAAGUCCAAUUCCAGGUGGAGAACGUUUCCCCUACCCUUCCUUUCACUGGGAUCCAAUGAGGGAUCCCUUGAGAGAUCCCUACAGAGAGCUAGAUAUUCAUCGGAGAGACCCUCUGGGGAGAGACUUUUUGCUAAGAAAUGACCCCCUUCAUCGUCUUUCUACGCCAAGAUUAUACGAAGCUGACAGGUCGUUCAGGGACAGGGAGCCUCAUGACUACAAUCACCACCACCACCACCACCCUCUCUCUGUCGACCCACGGCGUGAGCAUGAGAGGGGCAACCACUUGGAUGACAGGGAACGGUUGCACAUGCUCAGAGAGGACUACGAACAUGCACGCCUGCACUCAGUUCACCCUGCCGCCUUGGAUGGUCACCUGCCUCACCCGAGCUUAAUCACCCCAGGACUUCCCAGCAUGCACUACCCCAGAGUCAGUCCCCCGACGGGACACCAGAAUGGCAUUCUCAAUAAAACUCCUCCCACAGCAGCUCUCAGCGCCCCUCCACCUCUUAUUUCUACUUUGGGUCCUCGCCCUGGGUCCCCCAGAAGGACUACUCCUCUGUCAACAGAGAUGAGAGAGAGGCCUCCUUCUCAUACCCUAAAGGACAUCGAAGCUCGAUAAACAAAACAAAAAAAGCAAAAAAAAAAUAAAGCUGAAAGAGAGACAGACCCUUGUAAAUGAACAUAAUAUAAAGACCUUCUUACUAGUCAUUGACUCAGACUGUGGAUGUGACCCACUGUACAAAAUGUAUAGACCCAAGUGCAAAGAUUUUGAAAUGGUUUUUUGUAUAUUAUAUGUUGAAAUUUUCCAGAUCUUUUAGCCAAGUCCAUAUGUUCUUUGUGUCUCCUCCUCUUAUUUUAUUUCUAGUUUAAAAAUUUUUAAAAAUUUGAACUGAAGAAUAAGACGCUACUCAGAAUAAUUUGGUUAAAAGCAAACCACCACUACCACAACCAACCAUACAAAGCUCUUUCUGACCAGAAGUGAAGACAUUUGUAGAUAUAUAUGUAUAAAGAUUGUGUCAUGGGUUAAUGGUUCAUAUAUGCAAAAGGGUAAGAUGAAAGCUUUACUUUGUACAAAUGUAAAUAGAUAAAAUUAAGUAACAUGAUACAUUAAUCCUUCUUAAACUGUGCUAUUUGCAAACUUAAUAUUGAUCAACACAGUCUGCUUAUGCUGUGUUACAUAUAUUGUUAUAGACAGCUAAACCCCUUCAACUAUGCAAUGAAUAUUAAGGCUUUUCACAAAAGCCUUUAAAAAUCAAAGGAGCCUUUUCAACACACAACAUAUUUAAAGUCAUAUUUUCCCUGAACAAGCUCACCUACAAAAUGAAUCAGUUCUCCUCGCUUGUUCUGAUUAAGAAACAGCCCGUUAGAAAUGUAGUUUUCCGUACGAACCCCAGCAUCAGGAUGCUAAUGUAACUGUAGCACGUCUCUCUCAGUUCUCGUGCAGAAUAGCAAACUGUAACCACUAGUACUCUAGUGUCUAACACGACAACGUGGUUUUUCUGCCACGCUUAAUCUGGGUUAUACAGAGUAACAGUCAAAUGUCGGAUACUUCCUGGAAGUUUUGUCUCUUAACAUGUCAAAUUUAUUUUUAGAAAAUAAUCUGAUCAUAGCCAUUCGUGUCUGUUUCUAUGGUGUGUCAUUCUUAUCUGUACACACACUUUUUUUUUUUUUUUGGUUAAGUCAAUUUAGCUACCCUGAAAUCUUGAAUCCUCCAAGAAAGCUAAUACUUUUCUUAAGACGUUGGAUAUGUUUUCACUGUGGAUCAAUAGUUAAAUUAAUGAACUCCCAUGCAGAUUUCAUAUUGCAACUUAUUGUAUUUCAGUUGGCAAUAAAGUCUGUGAAUAGCUAAGAAGUCAGCCUUGUUGUUCCCUAAUCAUAGAAGGAAUGAAAUGCUAUGAAAUUAUGGUCCUUUUCUUUUUUUUUUUUCCUUUUUUUUUCUUUUUGUUUAAAAAAAAAGCCUCAAUCUUCUGAAAUCUGUCUUUUCAUAACACUUGUUUUUAUAAUGUGUUAAGUUUUUGUCUAAAUAUUUGGAGAGAAUAUGACUUUAUCAGAGAGAAUUCAAUAUCUUGUCUACUGGACUGUAAAAUAUAUGUAUGAAAUAAAAUUAGUUCCAUUGGUCUUCUAGUGUAUUAAAGUGCUAUCUGAAGUUGUUAUCCUGUUUUGGCAAAAAAAAAAAAAAAAAAAAAGAAAGAAAAAAAGUCUAACUACAGACAGUUGUUUCUAAUGAUCAGAGAUCUAUUUUAGUAGUCAACUGAAGGUUUAGUUGUGAGCUUCAGAUUUUGUGAACUCCAGAUGUUGUGCAGUGGUUUUUUUUAAAGAACAAAAGGAAAAAAAAAAACAACCCUGAAGAAUAUGUACACUGGAACCGUAGUGGUAGCUUUCAGUAUUGUAAAGAGAUUGUUAUAUACAAACCUUUUUGCUGUUUAUCCUGUAUGUAAUAAAGUCCUUUCUAGAUCCUAUGUGAAAAGAAAAGUAAAGCGGCUCUCAAUCUUCAGCAUGUUUCCUCAUCAGCGAAGACUUGUGUAAUGUAAAUUGUGCCAUGUUAUUAAAAAAUGUGAACUAAA